AGACUCCACAUCAGUGUCCGAGGACGAGAGUGGAGGGAACCACGGAGACCGGCUGAACAACAACAAUUAUAUUAAAUAUUAAAUAAUAAUAACAUUCCUGCUCCAUUAGCAUUAGCAUUAGCAGAGACUGACAGUAACUGUCUGUCUGUCCUCUGCAGGUCGACAUGGACGCCAUCAGGACUCGUCUGAGACAGUCUUCCUCAGUGGGCGUGGCCGAGGAUGAGGAGGUGGGAGGAGCUCCGAGGGUGGAGAUGAGGUUUGUGACAUCAGAGGCUGAGGAGGAGGUGGAGGCGGGGCCUAUCAGUGACAUCACAGCACUGGUGCUGCGGUAUCGCCAUGGUUACCAGAGAGCAGGUGUGUUCCUGUGUGUGAGUGGGGUCGUCAUCUUCAUCACAGCGUUCCUAUUGGCCUACGCAGUGUUUGGUGGGCGGUACCACUGCUCCCAGGAGGGGGGGCAGGGGGAGGAGGAUGGGCAGCAGGGAGGCGGGGCUAACACACCUGCAGAUGGAGGGGCGGGGCUUUACCUGGGAGAGCUGAGGGUGAUGAUGAGGAGGCUGCUGCAGGAUGAAGAUAUCCUCAACACAGUCAGUCGGGUCAGCAGAGCGAGUCAUCCUCCAGGUUCCUCAGAGGGAACGUCUCUGGCCUCAGAGAUCCUCCGUCGCUUCAGACAGCUGCAGAUGGAUCACACCUGGACGGAGUCGCUGUACGCCACGCUGCAGUUCCCCGACAGGUCUCAGAGGAGCUCUCUGUGGUUGGUGGACUCUGCAGGACUGAUCUCCGAACAGAUUCCCCUGAACCCGUCUGACUACUGUCCGUACAGCGCCACAGGAAGUACCACGGGGGGCGUGGUCUACGCCAACUACGGCCGCCCAGAGGAUUUUAAUUGGCUGAAGAGCGCGGGCGUGUCUGUAGUUGGCUGUGUGGUUGUGAUGCGUGUCGGGGGCGGGGUCAGUUUUGCUGAGAAGGUCUGGUUGGCUGAGAGGAACGGUGGGGGCGGAGCUUUGAUCUACCCCGACCCCGCCGACCUGCCGCAGGACCCCCGACGCCUCGGACUGAACAUGCACACCGCUGUGUCCGAACAUGUCCACCUGGGGUCAGGUGACCCUUUCACCCCCGGCUUUCCCUCCUUCAAUCACACUCAGUUCCCGUCCAUCCAGUCCUCGGGCCUGCCCCUCAUCCCAGCCCUCCCAAUCAGUGCCACUGUGGCCACCAAGCUGCUCAGCCAGCUGUCAGGUCCGUCCUGUCCUCCGUCAUGGCGGGGUCGGCUGCCGUAUGUGCGCUGCGUGGUCGGUCCGGAGUUCAGCUCCGGCCGCAGAGUCAAGAUGUCGGUCCACAACGUGAUGGCGCCGGUCCUGCUCAACAACAUCUUCUCCUCUCUGGAAGGCCGGGUCGAGCCAGACCAGUACAUCAUACUGGGAGCUCAGAGGGACUCGUUGAGUCCAGGAGCUGUGAAGUCUGGAGUUGGAACAGCAAUCCUCCUGGAGCUGGCUCGAACGUUCUCCGCCAUGGUGAAGAACGGUUUCAGUCCCAGACGCAGUUUGCUGUUUGUCAGCUGGGAUGCUGGAGAGUUUGGGAACGUUGGCGCUACUGAAUGGUUGGAGGGUUACCUGUCCAUGCUCCACCUGAAGGCUGUAGCUUACUUCAGUCUGGACCAGGCUAUCAUGGGUGAUGAUGUCCUGUCGGCCUACACCAGUCCUCUGCUGGUCGACCUGCUGGACGCUGCUGUCAGACAGGUUGAACAUCCUAAACAUGCAGGUCAGACCAUCUACAGCCAGGCAGAGAGAGAGGGAGGCAGCUGGAGGAUUAUGAAGCCGCUGUACCUGAACAGUGGAGCGUACAGUUUCACAGCGUUUGCAGGAGUUCCAGCUAUGGAGCUCAGAUUCACCGAGGAGCGAGCGUACCCGUUCGUCAACACGCCGCUGGACAGCGCCUCCCGCCUACAGGAGGUGCUGGGGGGUCGUCUGGGGGUCACAGGGCGGAGCUUAGGGGAGCUGGUGGGGGAGAUGGUGCUGCGAUUGGCCCACGACCACAUCCUGCCGCUACGCAUCACUUCCUACGCCCAGACCGUGCUGCAGUUCAGCGCUCAGCUCAACAAACACUCUGCUGAGCUGCAGUCCAGAGGUUUGUCUCCUCACUGGGUUUUCAGUGCCAGAGGAGAUUAUAGCCGAGCAGCCGAGACGCUGCAGAGAGCCAUCGACUACAGCGACCUGCACGACCCGACCACUGCACGCUUCUACAACACCCGCAUCAUGAGGGUGGAAUACUACUUCCUGUCUCAGUAUGUGUCGGUGGUGGAGACGCCGUUCCGUCACGUGAUCCACGGCCGCGGCGACCACACUCUGAGCGCGCUCACUGAGCACCUGACCCUGCUGACCUCUGACCCCGAACGCUUCGACGAGAAACGCUUCAGACGACAGCUCGCCUUUUUUACCUGGACGCUGCAGGGCGCCGCCAACGCCCUGAACGGAGACGUGUGGAGCAUACACAAUACACACAAUACACACACUGAUUCACACUGAUACACACACUGAUACACACACUGACACACACUGACACACACACUGAUACACACUGAUACACACACACACUGACACACACUGAUACACACACUGAUACACACUGAUACACACACUGAUACACACACUGACACACACUGACACACACACUGAUACACACACACACACUGACACACACUGAUUCACACUGACACACACACUGACACACACUGAUACACACUGAUACACACACUGACACACACACUGACACACACACUGAUACACACACUGAUACACACACUGAUACACACACUGACACACACUGACACACACUGACACACACUGAUACACACACUGAUACACACUGAUACACACACACACACUGACACACAGUGUCGAGCUCUCAGACAGACUUUUAUUGUGGAGGGUGUUUCCUCUGCAGCAGCCUGAUCAAUAUGUGUAUCAAUCAUUGAUUAUCAGUGUCAGUAAUAGUUAAUAAACUGUUUCACUGUU